UCCUCCUCCCACUGCACUUUGGCCCACGCCCACGGGCGCCCCGCCCCCCUCGGGCUUAUAGCAGGCGCCGGGCACCUCCGGACGCCUGGGAGCCGACGGCGCGGCUGCCUGCUUGGCCCGGGAGCCCCGGCGCUGCCGCCUUAGUGGCGAAGUGAGGCGGCGGCUGCGCCCCGCAUCAUGGAGGGCAGCCUAGCCGCGACCCCAGCCCCAGCCCCGGUCGCCACCGACAGCCGCCGCCUCCCGCGCCGGGUCUGCCGGCUCUCGUCGCUGUUCUCAAGGUGCCGUCCCUUCCUAACCUCCAAGGCAGUAUGAAGGCGACCCGGGACCACGCGAGCGCCCCUUUCUGUACGCGCUUCAACCACUCCGACCCGGGCAUCUGGGCGGCCGAGCGCGCCGUUGAGGCGCCGAACAACCUCACGCUGCCCCAGGAACCCAGCGAGGACUGUGGCUCGGUGUCCGUAGCCUUUUCGAUGACCAUGAUGAUCACCGGGUUCGUGGGCAACGCGCUGGCCAUAACGCUCGUGUCGAAGAGCUACAGGCGCCGGGAGGGCAAGCGCAAGAAGUCGUUCCUGCUGUGCAUCGGCUGGCUGGCGCUCACCGACAUGGUCGGGCAGCUGCUCACCAGCCCGGUGGUCAUCGUCCUCUACCUGUCCCACCAGCGCUGGGAGCAGCUCGACCCGUCGGGGAGGUUGUGCACCUUCUUCGGCCUGACCAUGACCGUCUUUGGGCUCUCCUCGCUCUUCAUUGCCAGCGCCAUGGCCGUCGAGCGGGCUCUGGCCACCCGGGCGCCGCACUGGUACUCAAGCCACAUGAAGACCAGCGUCACCCGCGCCGUGCUUCUAGGCGUCUGGCUGGCCGUGCUCGCCUUCGCCCUGUUGCCGGUGCUGGGCGUAGGUCAGUAUACUGUCCAGUGGCCCGGGACUUGGUGCUUCAUUAGCACUGGGCCUGGGGGCAAUGGGACUAACUCCCGGCAAAAUUGGGGCAACGUUUUCUUCGCUUCUGCUUUUGCCAUCCUGGGGCUCUCAGCGCUGGUGGUCACCUUCGCCUGCAACCUGGCCACCAUUAAGGCCCUGGUGUCCCGCUGCAGGGCCAAGGCCACGGCGUCGCAGUCCAGCGCCCAAUGGGGCCGAAUCACGACAGAGACGGCCAUCCAGCUCAUGGGGAUCAUGUGCGUGCUGUCGGUCUGCUGGUCGCCGUUGCUGAUAAUGAUGUUGAAAAUGAUCUUCAAUCACACGUCAGUUGAGCACUGCAAGACAUACACAGAAAAUCAGGAUGAGUGCAACUUCUUCUUAAUAGCUGUUCGCCUGGCUUCACUGAACCAGAUCUUGGAUCCCUGGGUUUAUCUGCUGCUAAGAAAGAUCCUUCUUCAAAAGUUUUGCCAGGUAGCAAAUGCUGUCUCCAGCUACUUUAAUGAUGGACCUAAAGUGCCGCCUAUCUCACUAUCCAAUGAAAUAACACAGACCAGGAGCAUGAAAUCAACUUAAUCAACUUGCAUGUUCACAGCUUUUGGCAAAAAAUAGCCCUAAAUCUUACUGUGAAUUUAGGCAUCUCUAGCAUGCCGCUAUUUAUGCAUUGAAGUAGCAUUUUUGAUAUAAGGCCUAAAUGGUCUCAGAAGCAUAAAUAUUAAUAAUGCCCUAUAUGCCAAAAGUAUUAAAACACAAGCAAAGGAAAAUAGAUUAAUAACAGUCUAGUGUUUUGGGGUCUCUUCCAUAUGUAGCUGAAUGUGUGAUUAUUUAUUAGGUGAAAGCGCUUCUUUUAUUUUUAUAAAUGAUCUUGGUCUGUGGUGGGGGCUGUGUAGGGAUAGUUAAUAUUCUAUGGGGAAUUCAACAAACAGAUAUUUGAAGACAAGGCAACAGCUUGUUUUUGCUCAAAGGCCUUGGUCUUCUGCUUUCUCUUUUACUCUCUCUCUUUCUCUCUGUGUCACUUUUAUUCCCCUUAAAUUUUUUAAAAAUGUUGAUUUAGGAUGAAAAAAUGCAUAACAUAUUCACAGUAUUCAUUGAUACUGAUGUUACUUAAAUGUCAUUCAAUAUGCAAAUUAGCUGCUAACCUUAGAGUCUGUUUUGGUUGGGUUGGUAAUUAGGUUUAUUCAUUACCUGAAUGAGUCAGUUAAUUCCAUUUAUUUCAAACAUGACAAUUUGUGAACAUCCAAAUUGUUAAAUGUUCUUCCUUUAGAUUACAUUUUUAAUUCCUACAAGCCUGGAGAAGAUUCAUGAAACUGUAUUUGGGAGUCAGUGAAGUGAUUUUUUUCAAAAUUCUAUUUAAGGACUGAUUUGAGCCCUAAAUAUAGGUACUUUGGCUAAUUAUUUUCCCUGAUUUUUCCACCCAAGGUAUUCUCUUCAGUCUUUUGUGUAUUUAAAUACUAACUCCUAAUCUAAGACCAGUAAAUAUUUUAAAGCUUCCAUAAAGACUUUCCAUAGUUUAGCCUAUUUAUAGGAUAAGGAAAUUAUAAUAUUGCACUUUCUCUGCCCUCUCUUCAAAGCUUCUAUCUAAAUAUUUAUUAUUAAAAUGUAUCUCUUAUUAUGUGCACAAACCUUGACAGCUAAGCUUGAUAUCUUUUUGGCACAAGUAGGUCACUACAUUAAAUUUUGAGAAUUACACUUAAGAAAAUAAAAGCAACUCCCCAACAAACACAACAAUCUUUCAAAUCAGACCUACAUAAAAUGUUCUUUGUACUCUUUAGAGCAUUUGUUUUGCAAACUUACUGUUUCUCAUUCAGAGUUUAACUUGCCUUUUCCUUUAUUGUUUUCCCAGUUUUAAGAAACUUGAAAUUUAUUUAUACUCCUUUAUAGUAACUACCUUUUUGUGUGUGUAUUCAAUAGGCAUCUGGGGAAGAAUUAAUUUUAAGAGGUGCAAAAUAUCUAUUAGAUUAAUAUGUUUACCAGGCUAAGUCAAUUAGGAGGAAUCAAUUUAAAUGCUCAUGUCAAACUGAGUGAGAAGGCAAAAUCUGCUGAGAGUGCUUAUGUAACUCAUGGUGGUUCCACUAGUCUAGGUUUUGGAAAAAAAAAUGAUGACAAAUAACCUAUACUAAAAGGACAUUUAAAAAUUUCUCUAUACCAUAGAAUUAAAUAAUUCCACAAGUCACCUCAUGGAGGAUGAGACAAAACUAUAUAUUUUAAAAAAAAGUGUACUUAAAUGACUUUAAAAUGAAGAGGCUUCACAUACAUAGCAUAGAUCCAAGUAGUGUGAGCUUGAAUGGGUUAUUUUUUCCAGCACCUUGCACUUGGAAUAUAGAAAGUGUUCAGUGACUCUUUGUUCAGUGAAUGAAUGAAUAAUUAUCUGCCAAAACCAAGUGCACAUCAGUGGGGUCCCACUAUAUGGUUGAAGUGCUUCGUGACUGUACGGACCAUCGAGCUGAUAAAGUGAAUGAACUCUGCUUGUUUAAUUACAGAAAUACGAAGUUAUCUUCAAAUGUUCAGCAUUAUAUUGCUUCAUAACGAAGUACAUCAUUUGUAUUAAUAAUUUGAGAAACUACUAUCCCCAAGUGGUAAUUGAGAUGACAGUCAAAGAAAUAUCACUUUUCAUCCAACCACAGAAAUUCAUAAAGACAAAACAACCUAAAACCCAUGCUUAACUAUGGAAUAGUUUCCUGCCCAGGAAUAGAUGGUAGCUGUGGUUGAUGGCAGUUUUUGAACAAGCUUGAAAAGGAAGUGAAAAGGAAGAGUUACGUAAACAGCAUGUGACUUGUUAGUACAUGAAAAGCCUGGUACGAAAUGUUAGUCCUAAAUGAUACUGGCCUUUGGAUGAUAGCUGAGGUUAGAUUUCAGGAUGUUCAGAAGCCCUAAAUGUGAUAAGGAAGAAAACAUCUAAAGUCACUGCAGACGAGUAUAUCAGUUUCCAAGUUUAAGUUCCUUAGUCUUUAAGUUCACUCAAGUAUACUUAGUUUUAAGCAGGAAAAAAAAUGCGUGCAAAAAUUAUGACAAUCCCAAAACUUCUCAAUACUGGUUUAAAAAACCGGAGACCUAGGAAACCAAAUAGAAAGAAGUGAGUGCAAUGUAAAAAUAGAUGUAAUAUCGACUAUUAUAGAUUUUACAAAGCUAUUCUGAUUUUCCACACAGUGAAUUUAUUCAGCUAUGUUGUAUCACAGAAGAGAAUGAUGACACGUCAACCAAUAAGAACAGUUUAUUUUUCAAAUGAAAUAAGUAUGGUAGAUAUCUUUAAAAUAUUUUAAAUUGAAGAAAUUAAAUGUGUUAUCCAAGGAUUUUGCAUAUCUGCCUAAGCUAUAUACCAAGUCAUUUUAAGUAAACAUAAGCAUUUAAUCAUGCCAGAUUCAAAUGAUUGCCAAUUUAAAGCCAGAUAUAUAUACUGAACACUUAUUUAUUAUAUAAAAGACCUCUUGACCAUGUUAUGGAAUAAAAUUUUAGAAGCUCAUGUAAAAGUCAACUGUAAAAGACCCUGAGAACACACUGGCAUUGAGUAAUAGACAAACUAAAAUCUCUAACAAAACAGUAUAUUAAUAAAGUGGACAAUCUGUGGCAGUAUUCUUAGAUUUUCAAGAAUUGGGCCUUUUAUUUAAUACUUUGUAUGUUUUUGUUGGUUUUGACCCCAGAUUAGUGCUCUGUUUUCAGUCUUCCCCAUGUUGAUAAUCAUAGCCCUUUUGUAUUGGGAUUAAGUCAGCUAAGAAAAUAGAAAAAUCUUAUUCUUUGAAAUUUUAAACACAUAUAUUGCCCAUUUAUUUUCAUACUCUAUUCCCAAAGCUUCUUUUGAAAUAUGCAGGUUACUAGAAGGUGAGUGACACAGAGAGACUGUAGAGUAUUUAUUACUACAAACAUAUUAAAAGUUUAUUGUGGAAUAACUGAUGACGUUUCCAUGAUUUACCUCUGUAAAAAGUUUAGGUCAUCAAGCACGCCAUAUCUUCACAGCUGCUUGUUUAUUGCUGUCUUUGUGAUUGUGUAUGUUUCAAAUCUACUAAAGCUGAGGUCUAAAUAAGUGAACAGAAUUGUUUAAUUAAAGAGAUUAUAUCAUUUUUUAAAUAAAGAGCAUCUAAUACUGUGGCUAUAUUGAUAGAACUGUUUUCUGAGUUGCAAUACAAUGUUAAUAAGAGGUGACAUACAUCUAUGAUGUUUCAUAAUGGAGGUUAUGAUAUAAUCUAUUUACAAACUUUGAAAAUCAAACUAAAACUCACAUGCACAUUUGUUAAGAAGGUGCUGUCAGUUCAAAACUCUAAGACAACUAAUAGGUAGUGUUACAUAUGAAUCAUGAAACAGAAUUAUGGCAAAUUUAAAAAUUAGAACUUCAUUAUACUGGUAUCAUGUAUAUGGAUACUAAUUACAUGUGAAAGUUCAUUACCCCUGGAUUACUCUCACCCAAAAGGUUUCAAUUUUGUAAUGAUUCGUGCUGUAGCUAUUAAGUAAAACCUUUCACAUGCCUUCCCUGAAUGCCUUUUUUGGAUUGAGUCCACCUUCAAUAAAACUAAAGAAAGUAAAAA